UGCCCAGCAAGGAGCAGCGAGCAGCACCAUGGGCUUCGAAUUGGAACGUUUCAGCGGGGAGGUGGACCCCGAUUUUAAGUGCAACCUGUGCAACCGAGUCCUGGAGGACCCCCUGACCACCCCGUGCGGGCACGUCUUCUGCGCAGGCUGUGUGCUGCCCUGGGUGGUGCAGCAAGGCAGCUGCCCGGUGAAAUGCCAACGGAUCUCUGCCAAGGAGCUCAACCACGUGCUGCCCCUGAAGAGUCUCAUCCUCAAGCUGGAGAUCAAGUGUGACAACCACUCCAGGGGCUGCGACAAGGUGGUCAGGCUGCAGAACCUGGGGGAACACGCCGAGAUGUGCGACUACACGCCGGCCAAGUGCAGGAACAAGGGCUGCACCGAGGUGCUCAACCUGAAGGACAUGGAUGCCCAUAUGAGGGAGUUCUGCGAGCACCGGGCGGUGGGCAUCUGCCAGAAGGGAUGUGGGCUCAUGCUGACCCACAGGGAGCAGAAGCUGGGCGACCACUGCUGUCUGAAGGCAGUGAAGGGUCACAACAUGCUUCUGCAGACCAAGAUUACUGGGCUGGAGACCGAGCUCAAGAAGAGGGCAUUGAGGUCCAGCAAGAGGGAGAAGUCGUUGAUGUCCCAGCUGUCCACUGUGCAGAGUGAACUGCAGAUGACAGCGCUCAGGUACCAGAAAAAGUUCACCGAGUACAGUGCCAGGCUGGAUUCACUCACCAAGGCAGUGGCUUCUCCUUGCAAGGGAGAAGAGACGACCGCAUUGACUCUGCUACUCCACCGAGAAUCUGGAUCCCUGGGAUUUAAUAUUAUUGGUGGACGGUCAUGUGUGGACAAUCAGGACGGGCCCUCCAGCGAAGGAAUUUUCGUGUCCAAGAUAGUUGACAGCGGCCCAGCUGCCAAAGAAGGCGGUCUUCAGAUUCAUGACAGGAUUAUCGAGGUGAAUGGAAAGGAUCUAUCUAGAGCCACUCAUGACCAGGCAGUGGAAGCCUUUAAGACGGCCAAAGAACCUAUCGUGGUCCAGGUUUUACGAAGAACCCCCCGCACAAAGAUGUACAACCCUUCGGCGGGUGUGCAGAUGAUGGACAUGGAAACUCAGACAGAAAUCACUUUUGAGCACAUCAUGGCUCUGACCAAAAUAAGUUCCCCAUCUCCAUCAGUACCUGGACUGAAUCCCUAUCUCCUAAAUGAAGAGCACUCGCCACUUCACGAAUACUUUGACCCCAACGACUUCAUGGGAGGAUUGCACCAAGACAUCGACAGAGACGAACUAGAGUUGGAGGAAAUAGACUUGUACAGAAUGAACAGCCAGGAUAAGCUGGGGCUGACGGUUUGCUACAGGACCGAUGAUGAAGACGACAUGGGGAUUUACAUCAGCGAGAUUGACCCCAACAGCAUUGCCGCCAAGGACGGGCGAAUCAGAGAGGGAGAUCGGAUAAUACAGAUUAAUGGCAUCGACGUUCACAACCACGAAGAAGCUGUGGCUCUGCUCACGAGCGAAGACGCAACAAAUGUUUUCUUACUGGUAGCAAGGCCGGAAUUGCAGCUGGAUGAAGGAUGGAUGGACGAUGACAGAAAUGAUUUUCUGGAUGAUCUGCACAUGGAUAUGCUGGAGGAACAGCACCACCAGGCAAUGCAAUUUACAGCCAGCAUGCUUGAGCAGAAGAAGAUCGAAGAAGACGGUGGAACCACAGAUACAGCAACCAUUUUAUCCAACCAGUUGGAGAAAGACAGUGGCGUUGGCCGUACGGAUGAAAGCACCCGGAAUGAUGAAAGCUCAGAGCAGGAGAACAUCGCUGACGAUCACACCAUGUUAUCAAACACGCUGGAGAGACAGAAAAAGCUCAUGUACAGUCAGGACACUCUGGGCAGUGGAGACAUGCAGUUCAGCAACGAGUCCUUCAUAUCUGCCGACUGUACGGAUGCAGAUUUCCUGGGCAUCCCCAUGGACGAGUGCGAGAGAUUCCGAAAACUUCUCGAACUGAAGUGCCAGGUCCAAAGUGCCAACCAGCGCAGUCGAUAUUACCAAACCAGCACAAUGGAGACCAACCGCAGCGACCAGGAGGGUGUGGACCGUGAACUGGAAAUGCUGAAUGAGGAGUUGCAGAACAUCGAGCUUGAGUGUUUGAAUAUAGUCCGUGCUCAUAACAUGCAACAGCUAAAGGAGCAGUACAGAGAAUCCUGGAUGCUGCACAACAGCGGUUUCCGUAAUUACAACACUAGCAUCGAUGUGCGUCGACAUGAGCUCUCUGACAUCACCGAGUUGCCUGAGAAGUCAGACAAGGACAGCUCAAGUGCCUACAAUACUGGGGAAAGCUGCCGUAGCACUCCUUUAACUUUGGAAAUUUCCCCAGACAACUCUUUGCGCAGGACAGCCGAUGCCCUCAACAGCUGUCCAGAGGGAGCAGCCAGUAGCGGUCCCUACAAUGCUUCGCAAAAGAACGUACGAUCGAGUGGAGAAAGCCGUGAGUCCAGCCCCGCCAGAUAUCUCCAAACUGCUAAGGACUCGGACACAAACAAGGCAUCGGAAGUCAGAGACAAAAAGGUCGCCGAACUGGGCAAAAGUCAAACCUCUUCCGAAAAGCAGUCCAGUUCUUUUGCGCCACCCUAUCGCCACUCACCUUACAAGCACGCCCACAUCCCCGCCCACGCGCAGCACUAUCAGAGUUACAUGCAGCUGAUCCAGCAAAAAUCAGCAGUCGAGUAUGCUCAAAGCCAGAUGAGCUUGGUCAGCAUGUGUAAAGAUCUUCAGAACACAUCUGAGCCAACGAUGGAAUGGAAAGUGAAAGUACGUAGUGACGGAACCCGCUACAUCACCAAAAGACCGGUGCGAGAUAAGUUAUUAAGAGAAAGAGCCAUUAAGAUCAAAGAAGAGAGGAGCGGAAUGACAACAGAUGAUGAUGCCAUUAGCGAGAUGAAAAUGGGACGUUAUUGGAGCAAGGAAGAACGGAAGCAGCACAUUAGGAAGGCCUCGGAACAGAGAAAACGUAGAGAGUUCAUGAUGCAAAGCAGGUUGGAUUGCUUGAAAGAGAAACAGACUGCAGAGGACAACAAGGAGGUCAGCAUCAUUGACCUCAGCCACAAAAAGAUGAUGAAGAAACGCAAUAAAAAGAUUUUUGACAACUGGAUGACAAUUCAAGAACUGUUAACCCACGGCAGAAAAUCUCCCGAUGGAACUCGAGUGUACAACUCGCUACUCUCCGUCACAACUGUAUAAAACAAAGAACUCCUCCGAACUUUUCUUCUCUUCUUUUGUAAAUACCAAACUACCCUUGCGGUAGAAUUCCCCCGCCUCGUUAAAUGUGGCAAAUAUUUUUUUUCUUUUUGUAAAUAUAAGAUAA